AUGAAAAUACUGAAAACAACAAAGCAGGAUAAAGGAUCUGCAACUGACAGGACAAAGAAUGAAACUGAGAACGAACUUUGCAUGCUCCUCUGGUUUUUCUGUUGUUGCUUUUUGUUUUGUUUUGUUUUGCUGCGGUGGGUUUUCGUUGCUGUGUGUGGACUUUCUCUAGUUGCAGACCAUGGGCUUCUCAUUGCAGUGACCUCCUGUUGCAGAGCACUGGCUCAGUGGCUGCAGCCCUCAGGCUUAGUUGCCCGGCAGCAGGUGCCCCCGGACCAGGGAUCGAACCCAGGUCCCCUGCAUUGGCAGGCGGAUUCCUAA